AUGGAGCCGGAUCUGGGCAACGUGGGCGGAGGACCUGCGAUAGGCGCUCCAGCCUCUGGUCACGUUAUGGUGGAUGGAGUUUGGAGGGAGUACCGCAUGUUUCGCGGUCAGAUGGUUGUCCAACCGCUACCGAGCAGCAGUGUUGGUGGGCCAGCCCAGGGAGCACAGAAUUUUGGAGGAGGCCCAUCUAGUCCUAUCCCGCCUCCACCUCCACCGAAUCCUCCUUCUACGCCAAAGGCAGCUUCGGUGUCAUGGAAUGCCAAUUUGACUCCGGGCGGCACGCCCAUCCCACCGCCUCCGCCGACUACCCCGCUGACUUCCUCUACUACCACGAGCACAGGUUUUACCACGAGCACAGGUUUUGGAGAAGAUGUUGAGGAGCCUUCCAAGUUGGUGGUCAAGCUCCCGCCUCUUCAGACAGCAAAAGGGGGCGAUGCAGCAGUGGUGGCGGGCGAUUGGUUGGCGCAACUGGAACCAAGUAUGAGUUCGUUGUCCCCAACGGCGGCGAGAUGGUGGUCCGAGCUCAUGGAAAGGGUCAAGGGGCUUUAUGGUUUGUGGUUGGAAAGCGCACCGGUGGCAAGACUUACCAUCCGGCAACAAGUUCUCUGUCGGCGACCGCCUCCUGAUCGACACCAUCGCAUUGAGCAAAGGGCGGCCAUGCUUCUACUGGAUGCUCUUCCGGAGGAGCUUCGUCAUGAAGCAAUCAGUGCCCGCGCAGUGACGGCGGAGUCCAUGGUGUUCAUGGUUCACUGUGCUUACCAGCCAGGCGGUGCCGGAGAAAAGGCGCAUUUGCUCCAGUUCCUUACUGGACCGGAGACCGGGAAUGGCCUCGAGAAUACGCUCAACUUAGCGCGGAAGUGGAUCCGCCUGUUUCGUCGAGGCCGAGAGCUGCAAGUGGUUUUGCCAGAUCCGAGUUUGCUUGGAAGAGGGCUAGACAAGUUGGUCAGUGCCACGUUCUCUAGCAACAAGUAUCUCUCGGCAGCCUUCAGGAUUGCGUCGUUCAAGCUGGAGCGGCAGCUGGACUACCGAGCAACUGCGGCAGACAUCGAGGACUAUGCCUACCUCAUCCUUGGGGAGCUGGAGGCUGCACAGCUUGCGCAGCCUUUGCCUUCGCAUCCCAAAGUGGCACGCCUUGAUGAGCAGGCUGGCGGGGACGAGGUACCCGACAAGGGCAAGGGCAAGGCAAAGGGCAAGCGUGCUUGUUGGAGUUGGCAGGACGGCACGGGCUGUCGUUUUGGAAGCAACUGUGUGUUUGCUCACGCCCCGCUUGGCCCUGGACGUUGCUGGGAGUGUGGAGCAGAUUCGCACUUGAAGCCACAGCUUCCAGUGGCGGCGGUGGAGCGGCCGGUGUUGGAAAGGGCAGUGGUGGAGCUGCGCAAGGAGCGGGGUGCGACUUCGGCGGCUACAGCAGGAACAGCUGGAGCGACGGAGGACAAGCCCUCCAAGAAGACGAAGCGAAAAGGAGGUGGAAAGGACCGAGCCCAGAAGGAGGCGCUGAGGAAGAGCGAGGAGCAGGCCUCUGUUGCGGAAAAUGCUCAGUCGCAGCCUUCAGCCUCCAAUGGUGGCGAGGAUACGUCGGCAAGGACCGAGUUCUUUGAGGAGGCGACCAAGGCGCUUAAGUCUCUUCGGCUGGCCAAGAUUACACUGAAGGCGCUGCAGGAUUCGUCGGGAUGCGUGGGAAGAGCUUUGGUGGACUCUGGAGCUACCACGUCGAUGAGGACAGCGCGUCGAGGAGAAGUCAAUGGUCUUCCUUUGAGAAAGGUCUUGCUGGCGGAAGGCGAAACCACCUUCUACCAGCUCCCAGGGGGAACUUUGCUUACGAGCAAGGCGGUGACUCCCAUUGUGGCCAUGAACGACUUGAUGGAGGUUGGAUGCCGUGUGACUUGGUGCAGCAGUGAUGGCUGCAGUGUGGUCCACCCUGUGAAGGGUGAUCUUGGGGCGCGAGUUGUGAAUGGGUGCCCGGAGGUCGAUGAGGCUGUGGGCUUGGAGCUCAUCGAGGAAGCGGAGGGCAUCAAGUUGAGGCGACGCGAGGCGGAGAUUGCGGUGAAUCGCCUUGUGGAAAGCUGUGAGCUACCUCGACUCGGGGGGAGAAAGUUGGACUGGGAGAUGGGCGCCAAGGCGGUGAAGGAUCUUCGCAAUGGUGUGGGUCUGUCCUGGGCCUGGCUUCAUCAGACCUUCCCGGAGGCGCCGUCGUGGUUGAUCUCGGCGAUUCCAGUUGUUGCCGAGAUGGAUGGUGAUCGUGUGCCAUGGAAUCGUCGUGAGAGGAAGCGCUGGAGAAAGGCAUCUACUUUGGCGGUGCAUUUGUUCUGCGGGAAGGAUCGCUCUACCUGGAGGUCGAGUGCGGAGGCGGCUCAUGUGAUCACUGUGGACCAGGCGGAGGAUGUGAUGGCGGAUGCUACGUUCGCUGCGCUGCUAGAGGUGGCGAUGUCUGGAAAGCUGCGCGUUGUGUUCGGUGGACCUCCUUGCAGGACGUUCUCGGCUCUCCGCAACAAGGUGGGCGAGCUUGGCGAAGGCCCUAGACCUCUUCGUGAUCGCGACGGUGACGGCCGGUGGGGCCGCGACGGUUUGAGUGAAUGGGAGACCUGGAGAGUGCGCCAGGACACCAUCAUGAUUUUCAGGUUCAUCUUUCUGUGGAUGGUAGCCGCGGUGUCCGCCAGAGCCAAUGGGGAAAGCGACCCAGAUUUCAUCUUUGAGCACCCGGAGGACCCGAAGCUUUCCCUAAACGAGCCCUCCUAUGUUUCGCUGUGGGCCUUUCCGGAGAUCCAGUUCUUGAAAGAUGUGAUGAAGUGGUUCUGGUGGGAGUUUGAUCAAGGUCCCCUAGGCCAUCCCCGUCGCAAGCCAACGAGGAUUCUGGCCUCGAUGCCCUGUCCUCGCGAACUUCGGGAAGUGCGUGGACCUUCUACAGUGUCGUCCGAGGAGUGUGAUCAUGAUGGGAGCGGGUUUCGGUCUUCUACUUGGGCGGCUUGGGCACCUGGUUUGAAGCAGGCAGUGAAGCGCAAGAUCGAGGAGAGUCUAGCCGGUGCUACGCUGGAAAAGAUCAUGAAGGUUGAUCAGGACUUCCUGGAGCAUCUUCGUCGGGAUCACACCCCGUACCGAAGAGAUUGCAAAGCUUGCUUGGCCGGCUCCUUUCGUGGACACUCCCAUCGUCGCAUUGUUGCUCCCGAGGCGUGGUGUUUGAGUUUGGAUGUGAUCGGCCCCACCCGAAAAGGUGUAGACGAGUACCAGAAGAAGGUCCGGUACGGCUUGAUUGGCACGCUGGUUGUUCCAGACAUGUUGGGGAAGAUCCUUCAGCCACCUGAUGCCGAUGGUGAGGAUGAUGGUGGCGGCGCCGGUGCCAUUUAUGACCCGGUGAUUGACGAGGACCACUAUGCGGAUGAUGAGGCCGAGGUCCCCGACGAUGCGGAGGAAUCCCGCAGCGAGCGGGAAAUGGUUAAGUGGUUGGCCAGGGUGGACAAGGACCGCUUAGAGGGCGUCUCUUGCGUGGAGAUUCCGUUCUUUGUGCCGCUACCGUCAAAGUCAGCAGCGGAUGUGUUGUCCGGGAUGAAGGACAUUUUGGUCCAGGUGAAGAAGCUCGGCUUGACGGUGCAGAGGAUCCACUCCGAUCGUGGACGUGAGUUCACGAACAAGGGGUUUCGAGCGCUGUGCCGAGACCGGGGCAUCGUUCGGACAACUACGGUUGGGGAUGACUUCCGCCAGAACGGUCGUGUUGAAGCUUUGGUGGGAAGAGCAAAGAACGCUACCCGCACCUACUUGUCCUCUGCGGGUUUGAGCUCUGAGUUUUGGUGCUUCGCAAUGAGACAUUAUGUGUCCAGGAUUCAGAGUGCGGUUGUGGCAAAGAUGGGUGGUCGCUUCCCUCGACUACCUCCUUUUGGCACAAAGGUCUUUGUCAAGCAGCGGUCUUGGAGACUCAACAAGGAGUUCGUGGAGAAAGUGGUCGCGGCUCGGAUCCUUUGCCCCUCCUUGGAUGUUGCUCGAGGAUUCUUGGUGAGGACCGACGAUGGCCACUACCUCACCACCAUGGUGGCUGUUGAGCGUCAAGGAGGUGUCUGGUGA